CUCUGCAUACUGAUUCCACAGACUAACACUGCUAUAUCUUUGAAUGUUACCGAACUUGUUGGCUCCUGCAUGAUGACUUUCUGAGCCAGGGAGGGCCAUUUGAGCCCCUUUUCUCCUCCCAGAUCCACCGCACCCACCCGGCCAGGAAAGUCUAUCCAGAGCCACAGCUGGGCUUUCCAUUCUCAAGGCGCGCCGGCGAGGGUCCAUUUUUACGCACGGACGGGAGGGGGGGGACCACAGAAAAGAGCCCUCCGCUCCCCGAUCCCGGCCCAGAGGUUGCUCCAAGGAGGAGCCCUGGAAAGCUGGAGAGUUGGGCGAGCUCCCAAAGUGGUCCUUUCUGGGAUAGAGUCCUUCUGGAGCGGUGGGAAGGGGCGUUUUUGGAAACCUUCCUUGCGCGCCCUGGAGCAGCAGCGGAGCGCACGCUUGGAGGUGCAUCCUCUCCUUGCAGAAGAGGACCAAAAAAAGAGGGGAACCUUCAUCCAAGUGACCCCCCCUCGACUCUGGGAAGGAGGAAAAAGGUCCCUGCGUCUCCCUCCAUCCUUUCCCAGGGAGAUCUUCUUGAAGGAAAGAGAUUGUAUUUCCAGUUUGGAACUAGUCAGCCCAGGGCAGACUAGGCGCUCGCAUCUUUACGCAUCGCUGUCCCAUGGAGCGGGGAUCCCAGGCAGGGCUUGUCUCCUCUCUGGUGGCUCAGCCUGGAAAGCCAGAGCAAGCCGGGCUCGGGGGGUCCCUGUCUUUGCUCGGAGAUGCUGGAGGGCAACGGGAGCUGCUCGGAUUGCCGCUUCCACCGCGAGGCGCGACACUCUCUGGCCGCUGUCCUCAUUGUCACCAUCGUCGGGGACAUCCUGGGCAAUGCCUUGGUCAUCCUCUCCGUGGUCAGGAACCGCAAGCUCCGCAAUGCUGGGAAUAUCUUCGUUGUCAGCCUGUCUGUGGCAGAUCUUGUGGUAGCAGUGUACCCCUAUCCUCUCAUCUUGAGUGCCAUUUUCCAUGAUAAAUGGAUAAUGGGUCCCCUUCACUGCCAGAUUAGUGGCUUCCUCAUGGGCUUGAGUGUCAUUGGUUCUAUUUUCAACAUCACCGCCAUCGCCAUCAACCGGUACUGUUAUAUUUGCCAUAGCUUCCGGUACGACAGACUCUUUAACCUGAAGAACACCUAUGGCUAUCUUUGUCUGACAUGGCUCCUUACCUUGGUGGCAAUUUUGCCUAACUUUUUUGUGGGUUCUUUGCAGUACGACCAUCGGAUUUAUUCCUGCACCUUUGCACAGACCGUCAGCAUGUCGUAUACCAUCGCUGUGGUGGUGAUCCAUUUCAUCUUCCCGCUUUCCAUUGUGACUUUUUGCUAUCUUCGGAUUUGGAUCCUGGUUAUUCAGGUCAAGCACCGGGUGAGGCAAGGAUGUAAGCAGAAAGUGAGAGCGGCUGAUCUCCGGAAUUUCUUGACAAUGUUUGUGGUUUUUGUCCUUUUUGCUGUGUGCUGGGGGCCUUUGAACUUUAUCGGCCUGGCUGUCUCCAUCAGUCCAUCCAAAAUCAUACCGCAGAUACCGGAGUGGCUUUUUGUGGUCAGCUACUUCACGGCUUACUUUAACAGCUGCCUCAAUGCUGUGAUAUAUGGGCUUCUUAACCAGAAUUUCCGGAAGGAAUAUAAAAGAAUUCUUUUGGCUCUUUGGACUCCACGCUUGCUCUUUGUGGACAUCUCAAAAGGAGGGACAGAUGGGAUAAAAAGCAAACCAUCCCCGGUUGUGACAAAUAAUAAUAACAACCAGGCUGAAAUCUAUUUGUAAAUGGAAGGGAAACUAUUUAUUCUGGACUGUCUGGACUGUGAAAAAUACUAUGUCAAGCUCUUGCUGUAUAUAUAUAUAUAUUUGAAUGUAUGCUUAUACAGUACCAGGGACCACUAUUGUCUAAUCAUAUUUAUGCAAAAAAGUUCUCCACCUCCCCAGCUCUCAAUUUAUUUUUUAAUGGCUGCAUCAUAAUACUUUGUGGAAAUUGGAUGGUGGGCUUCCUAGGGUUGUGGCAAAAAGGUCAAAAUUUGGAAAUGAAAUUAUAAUUAUUCACACACACACACACACCUUGAAGGAUCCCCUCGCCAGCAAGGGCAUUAACUUUUCUUAUCUCUAAAAAGAAUGCAAACAAUGAGAUGAAAAACCUCCUAUUCAAAUCAGUAUGCAAAGGGAUCUUGUAGCACCUUUGAGGCAAACUGGAAGAAAGAAGCUGCUAGCAUUUUGUCGAUUCAAGUCUUCCAUCCAGUUAGUGUCAAAGCUGCGACAAGAUCCCAUUGCAUACUGAUUUUCCAGACUAACAAUCUUUUGACUCCUGUUCAAAAGUUGCCUUGACUCUGAAUUUGCAAGAUAACCACAAGCAAACUAACUUACACUAAAAUGGGCCAUUUAUCUAAGCCUGACUUUUCUGUUCUGACCAGCCAGGCUUUCUUGGGUUUCAGGCAGGGACAGCUUCUGUCUUCCAUGUUAGUGAAUCAUUUUAGGUUUUAGUGUGAACAUGGAAGGAGGUCUCACCCACUCUCAAAGGUGCUAAACCCUAUCUCCAAAAUGGGUUGGCAAGUUCCUUUAAAUUUUGGUACAAAUCUUGUAAUGGAUUCCCUAUCCCACUGACAUGGAACCCAAGGAGAAUUUGUCAGGGGUGGAGGACAUUGAACCCAGAAGCUUCUCCUUGCUGAGUCACCUCGUCAAAGAAAUUGUCAACUGCUGCGCACA